CGCGAACAGGAAGAGUCGAUCGGCGUGUGUCUGGCAUCUGAAGGCUGUUGAGAUCACAUCGGCACGAACAAUUGCUGACCGCUUACCAGCUCCCUCACAUACGUGUCUGUCAGAAAGAAAAAAAACGUUUGACUACUCGAUAUCAAGAUGGCUACCACAAUCCCCGUGCAGAAUGAGACGACGAGCUCCUCCUCUCGCAUCACCCAAAAGGGCCGCAAGAUCACCUAUAACCUCCAGGUAAUCCAACAGCCCAUGCGCGCUAGAGCAUGCGGCUCGGGCGCCAAAUCCUCGGCCGAUAGGCGUCCCGUCGAUCCUCCCCCUAUUGUCGAAUUGCGUGUUUUCGAAGGAGAAGGCCCGAACAAGACUGAGAUCACCUUCGCCUAUCAUGCCAACUUCUUCCUCUUCGCCACUCUCGAGAAUGCUCGUGCCAUUGCGCCAGGUCGCGCUCCCCCGGCGACGCCCAGCUUCCCCGUUUUGACUGGCACUCCAGUUGCCGGCAUGGCCUAUCUUGACCGCCCAUCUCCGGCUGGUUACUUCAUCUUCCCCGAUUUGUCUGUUCGUCAUGAGGGGCAGUACCGCCUCAGCUUUGCCUUGUACGAGGAGCUGAAGGAAAAGGAUGACAUGGAUCCUCCUGAUCACACUGCCAUCCACCUCCAGAACGGCAUCGAAGCCCAUGUCACUCACCGCUCCGAGGUCAAGUCGUCUCCCUUCAUUGUCUACUCGGCCAAGAAGUUCCCCGGCUUGACCGAGAGCACCGCUCUCAGCCGCAUGGUCGCUGAGCAAGGUUGCCGUGUCCGUAUCCGUCGUGAUGUCCGCAUGAGGCGCCGCGAGAACAAGUCCUCUCGUGAGUAUGAUGAAUAUGAAGAAGAGUCCGGUUACGAUGCAGCUAGGCGCACAGCUACUCCUGAUACCUACGGACAGCAACCCGGAAUGCCGGCUCCAAGCCCUGCAGUCGAUGGAAAUGAUCGUCCUCGCUCCGUGUCCAACGCCAGCAAUACGUCCUUUGCUCCGCCUCGUCGCCCUAGCAUGGACGAUAUGGCUCAAGGAUACCAGGCCAACAACACGUACCAGCAGCCCAUGGCGCCACCGCAGAGCACCGGGAGUUACCAGAUGUCUCAUUAUGCUACUAACCAGAGCUCGUACCAGAAUCAGUAUGCGCCGCCUUCUCAUGCAGCCGCUCCGUUGAUGCAGCCCCCUCCGGCCCCUUACUCGCACCAGCCAGCCCAAUCGCACAGCUCGUACCAGCCCCAGAGCGGAAUGAACAUGGGACAGUCGUAUGGAUACAUGCCGAACCAGAGCUAUCAGCAGCCUCAGUAUGAGCAGCCCCCUCCAGUGCGCCAGGAGGAAUACGCUCAGCCCAUGAAUGACUAUCGCCGACCUUCAGUCCCUCAGAGCACCCAGCAGUAUGCAAGCAAUAACCACAUGAUGGCUCCAUAUGGCUCCAUGGAUCAGUACAAUCGCCCUCAGCAACUUAGCCAGCCGCUGCAGAGUCCAGGUCACAAUGCCCCAGCAACCACCUCCGGUCCCAUGCAUGGAAACGCGCUAGCUCCUCUGAGGACUCUGCAGCCUCCUGCCCCUCUGAACAAGCUCGAACCAGCCUCGCCCGCCUACCAGUCGCCUCCACACUCGCUCUCUGCCCCAAUGUCCGCCACUUCGGAGGCUCCUCAGAACCACGGAUAUCUCGACAACCGCCAGACUCUCCCCAAGUUCGUUCCUCAGGCACAAACCACGUCUAUCCUCGGUCAGAAACGUCCCUUCUCCAGCACCUUCGAUACCAGCCACAUGACUGAACGCCUCCAACAAGGCGCCAGGCCUAACCCUUCUGGAGCCGGCUACAACUACGAAGGUUACGAUGAUGGCGACAUGGAAGAGCCCAUGGACCGCACUGCUAUGAGUUAUCGUCGCGCGGAUGGGACUCAGCGCCAGCGACGGGUUCCUGAGCUGGGUUCCUAGAGUCUUGAUCCGUCUGCAUACUGGAUAGAUGGAUGGCUUCUGCGCCGGUUAUCUGGUUACGUAUUUUCUUUGGGCAUGGAUCUUCGGUCACGGCAAACUCGGC